AAAUUUUAGCACGUUCACAUCCACGUGACUGAAUCAAAUGCCCGCGUUUUGGAUCCGAGGCAGACGGUUACGAUUGUCACACGUGGAUGCAAAGUUAUUGUGUACGGUUGACUGCAUUUAGGAAAUCUCCCAGACGCAUGGUUUUCAACCCUGUUCUGCUCGCCCGAAUAAUGUCUGCCUUCACUCAACUACGUGUUAUCAUUGAUGAGACUACAGUUCAUAAAUUAACCCUUCCACAUGGAUUCCCUGGAACUGUAGAUGAACUUUUGGCAGCUGCAAAGGAUUGUUUUCAACUCCAGGGAAAUUUCACUCUUAUGUAUAUUGACCAAGAUUUUGAUAAUCAGUUCUUCACUCUUACAACAACAGACCUGUUAAAGGACAAAGACACAAUCAAACUUGUUACAACAGAACCUUCUGUUAUUCUCACGUUGACUCCUGUCAAUGAAGCUGCUGAUUCAUCCCCUUCAGUGUCACUCAGUCAGUCUUUCCAGGAUGACAGUUCCUCAGCUAGUUCAUCGGACACCAUUAUUUUACAACAGCCUCCAGAGUAUUGAUCAGAAGGAUGGCCAACUACUUUUGUGAUACCCAGCUUUUCGUAUAAUGUUGAAAUUCUCCUUCAGAAAGCAAAUGAGGUUUUUAGAAGUGAUGGAACACUUCUUAAUAAUCCAAGCAUUACCUCUGGUGUGCUUGAGAAGCUUGCAGAAGAAAUAUUCCGCUACACUGCCUAUCCCACUGGACUUCAAAUUGAGGUUGUUGUAGAAGCUCUGUUGAAGAAACAUCCUUGUCUGAGGGAGCCCGGUACCUCAUUUUCAGGUAUGUACGGGUGGCAGCAGCGUCUUAAGUAUAAGAUGGCCAAUUAUCGUUCUAAAUUGAGAAAAUGUGAAGUACCUUGUCCCGAGCUUGACAUCAACUCCUUAAAAAGGAAAUUACCCGGUGAGCAAACUCCUGCAAAGAACUGCAAAAGACCGAAGGGAGCGGAAGUCAACUUCCUACCUCCACAUCCAAAUGGAGAAAAUGUUGAUAGCCUUGAAAUGGAGAGGCAGGAGCAGAACGAAGAGGUAAAAAAAAAAGAACAACCAUAACGUGAUAAAAGAAAAAAAAAAGGCAAAAACAUUCUCCUAUCGAAGGCUUGAGGUUGUGAGUGGUAGUCCAGCUGCUGAAGACUUCAAGGAGAGAUGGACUGCCUUAUUUUGUGAAGCUGAGAUAAAAGAAGAAUUUAGGAGACUAACUACGAUUUCCCUGGAACAGAGCUUCAUGAACAGGCUUGACGCCUACACACCAAAAAUUAUUACCCUAAUGAAGCUCAAGGGAGGUGUUGUGGGCACCAAGCUGAGGCCGUACAUGGACAUACUGAGUCAGAACCAAAACAUUGAGAUGAGGCGUGAAGCUGUUAUCCGGAGCCUCAUACUGUACCUUGGCGAGAAAGAAGAGGAACUGUUUGAAGAUUGCCAGGAACAGAGUCUUCUGGAUCACAAACCACAUGAUUUGCUACAGAGAUGAUGACAGCAACAGGAUGUGUAGCCAGCAUGUCUGUGUACGUUUGUGUGCUUGAGUAUAAACACAGUGUGGGUCUGUUGUGGAAUGGCACAACUUCCUUAAGCGACCCAGCAAUUUACCCUCAGCUUAAUCACCUGACUGCGGUCCUGCUGUCUGAUUGGAUCAUCUUUUGAGUUACGCAAUGGACUCUAGCUGAAUAGAAGUCUAACUGAAGACUGGUUGUGUUUCAUUCUCCUCCCUAAUUCCCUAUGACGUGAUUCAGGACAUUGUGAACGAAUGAUCUCGAGUGAAAAUCUCUUUCGUCUUGCAGUCGUGUUGCCAUCUACCCUCGUGAACACCAGUGAGAGCCGAAGCGUUUCCACCACUGCAUCUCCUGAAAGGAUAACAGUGGUGAUCAGUCUGCUCUGGGUCAUGCUGUGUGGCUGACUUCUAUGCUCUAGCUGAAAUGAGGUUGGUGAUUUUGGGGUCGCGGCCCCUCUUGGCCUUGACCCUCACUCUCACCCUCACCUGCCUAAAACAUCUGUGCCAUGGUGCGACACCCUUUCCUCAGGACCUGGAGCCCAUCAGCACUGUCUGUAGUGAACGCACCUACCUGUACCCCAGUUUCCAGGGGAACAUGUCAGAUAACGACACAGCCAGACUGGGGCUGGAUUUUCAGAGGAUGCUGCGGAUUAACCACAUGGUCUACAUUGCUGCGAGAGAUCACGUUUUUGCCAUUAACCUCAGCGCUUCAGCGGAGCGUAUCGUCCCCCAACAGAAACUGACAUGGAAGACAAAGGAUGUGGAGAAAUGCACAGUCAGGGGGAAAAACAGCGAUGAGUGUUACAACUACAUCAAAGUGCUGGUGCCACGUAACGAUGAAACUCUCUUUGCGUGUGGAACCAAUGCGUUCAACCCCACAUGUCGCAACUACAAGAUGUCUUCUCUGGAGCAGGACGGAGAGGAGGUGGUCGGUCAAGCCCGUUGCCCUUUCGAAUCCCGCCAGUCCAACGUUGGCCUGUUUGCCGGCGGUGACUUUUAUUCAGCCACAAUGACAGAUUUUCUAGCAAGUGAUGCAGUAAUUUACCGAAGUUUAGGAGAAAGCAGUCCUGUCCUGCGCACCGUAAAAUACGACUCAAAAUGGCUACGAGAGCCUCAUUUUCUUCAUGCCAUUGAGUACGGGAACUACAUCUACUUCUUUCUCAGCGAGAUUGCAGUAGAGUACACCACCCUUGGCAAGGUGGUGUUCUCUCGGGUCGCUCGCGUGUGUAAGAAUGAUAACGGCGGCUCUCCAAGGGUUCUAGAGCGCUACUGGACAUCUUUCCUGAAAGCCCGGUUAAACUGUUCGGUUCCGGGCGAUUCGUUUUUCUACUUUGACGUUCUUCAGUCAUUAACCAAUGUCAUGCAGAUCAACCACAGGCCUGCGGUGUUAGGCGUCUUUACCACUCAAGCCAACAGCAUCACCGGUUCUGCUGUAUGUGCGUUCUACAUGGAUGACAUAGAAAAAGUGUUUAAUGGGAAGUUUAAGGAGCAGAGAAACAGCGAGUCGGCCUGGACGCCAGUUCCUGAUGAAAUGGUGCCCAAACCACGGCCGGGGUCCUGUGCUGGUGACGGCCCCGCUGCUGGUUAUAAGUCCUCCACAGAUUUCCCUGAUGAAACUCUUACAUUCAUUAAGUCUUAUCCACUAAUGGAUGAGGCUGUACCGUCUGUCAACAACCGACCCUGCUUCACACGAACCACCAGCAGGUUCAAGCUGACCCAGAUCGCUGUGGAUACAGCAGCUGGCCCAUAUAAGAACUACACGGUUCUGUUUCUGGGUUCAGAAAACGGACGAGUCCUGAAGAUUCUUGCCAGCAUGCACCCAAACUCCUCCUACAGCACGCAGGUUUUGGAGGACAUAGAUGUUUACAACCCCAACAAGUGUAAUGUGCGUGGUGAGGACCGGAGGAUUCUGGGAUUGGAGUUGGACAAGGACCAUCAUGCCCUAUUUGUUGCGUUCUCAAGUUGCAUGAUUCGCGUUCCACUCAGUCGCUGUUCUGACUACGGCGUCUGCAAAAAGAGCUGUCUGUCCUCGCGAGACCCUUACUGCAUCUGGCUGAGUGCGGGGAACUGUGCCACAGUGGCGCCGGGAUUCAAGUCUGGAUUUGAGCAGUAUGUGGAGAGUGGAUAUCCUCAGUACCCAGACAGCUGUCAUGAUGUCUUGGCCACGACUCGCAAGCAGAACCCUGCGGUGGACUCGGCGUACGGAAAGACCUCACCCACAAGCGCCAGCACAACCAAUCAGGGGCCAGCUCUGCCUAAAGUCAAGGGUGUCUCUGAGACAGGUACCCGCCCCGAGGAGGGGAGGCGGGGAGGGCAGGGUUCUCCUGAAUUGAAGCCAGGCAGUGUGGAGAUGGAGGGAGUGCGCCGACCCCCUGAGGUAGAUAAGUCCAACCACAGUGUUCACUACACUCUGCUCAUUGCGUGUGUCCUGGUGGCGUUUGUCCUGGGAGCUUUCCUCUCCGGAUUCCUCGUUUCCUGUUACUGCAACCACAACGUGAACAAGACCAAAAGGCUGUCGAAAGAUCCAGAAGCACCAAUCCCACAUGCUCUAUCCCUGCGCAGCCUGGCCAAGCUAAACGGCUUGCUGGAGAGCCAAAACAAAGACGAGAAGCUGGAGGUAUCUUCACCCAAACUCUACAACUCUUUCUUUGCGAAUGGAAAAGAGCAGGCGCAUCGCAGGAAUGCCCAUCAUGCUGCCAUGACAGAACUCAUUCACCCACAUCAUCACCACUCUGCAGAGCUCUCCGGCCUUCCCACGCCUGAUUCGACGCCAGAGCUCCCAAUCAAGAGUAUGAAGGCCUUCAAGAACCAAUGGGAGAAGAAUCAAAACUGCAAUAACGCUAAAGAACCCAAGUCCCAUAACAUGGGAGCAUCUCGGCCGACCACUGGAAUGCAGCAUCAGAUUUUCCCCUUCUCCCAAGGACUGACCAACGGACAAGUACUAGGUAGCUUAGCACACAUGGAGGAACGCAAAGUCCACAAUGUGGAGCGUGUGGCGAGCCAGCCAUAUCACUGCUACCCGCACAAGAUUGUGGACGUCACCUCGCUCGACGAGCUUCUGAAACACAUCCACGAAAUCAAUGUGGCUACGGGCAAGAGUCCCACUGUCCUCACCUCGUCCAUGUCAGCCAACGCUGGUCAGAUGGCGUUCGCAAACCGCGUACAGCCACAGAUCCCGGAAACAGAGUCUGCACCAUACUACAGUUCCUCCACACUUCCUCGGGACAGUCUUACUCGCCGCAUGGACGUCCCACCAGAGAUUCCUCCCCAUCAUCAAUCUACUCUGGAGAGAGUGUCCCGUCACCCGUCUCAACGCCACUCUUUGAUAACCACUCCCAAGAUGCCCAGCGGGGGCGUGGUGCCACGGCAGCACAGCUUCAACCAGCGCAGCGCCCAUCAGCCCCUUCUGCUCUCUCGAAUGAACUCUAACGGCAGCAAUUCAGGUUGCGAUGUACGGCACCCACUCAUCCCUAACGGAUACCUAACUCGCCAACAUAGCUACAGCGAGCAGCCAGAAGUCCACCGUGGAGCUAUUGUCCGUCGGACAGCCUCGCUCAAGCCCGAUGUGCCGCCCAAACCGCUGUUCAUCCCUGCUAGCUCGCCUGUCAACCAAGCAGGGAAGUUCAACUACUGAACGAUGGAGAAGAAAAGCCUAUGGUUUUUCAUAAAAGGCUACUCGACCUCUCAGAGCUGAUUGUGGUCAUGAACAAUUAAAAGACUGGAUGAAAAACUUGCCUUUAUGGGGGAAAAAAAUCCUCUGGAGAUUGGCUGCCAGUGUUGUCAACUUUACAUUUGAACUAUGACUUGUUUUUCUCUGUUUCAUGAAUAUAUUUGUACCAUAUUGGUAUUGCUCAGCUAUUGGCCAUUAGGAGAGAAGAAGUUACAGGAGUCCACUUAGAUUUAGGUUGCCACAGUGAUAAGUGUGUGGCUUUACGGUGUUACUUUGGACCGUCUAGACAGGUGUCACUGAUCCAAAACUCUGGACCUGAACUUUUAUCCGAACAAGUGUACACACCUUGUUUGAUAUUCUGAUCUUUCUUGCUUUGGCUUAGCUAUUCUGUUGAUGUAGAGUUGAUGAACUGUGCUGAUUCCAAUUAGAAAUGUGUAUAUAUGCAUGCGUGUGUGCGUGUGUGUGUGUGUGUGUGUGUGUGUGUGUGUAUAUAUAUAUAUAUAUAAAAAUAUAUAUGUAUGUGUGUGUACAUA